GGUUUAGUAGUCAAGAGUAAUAAUAUUGUUCAUUAAAAUAAAAACAAACAAAAUAUACAAAAAAACAAAACUAUUUGAACCGAUUGAAUUUCAGAGAGAAGACUGUUUAUAGUGCGUGUGUGUAUGUGAAAAAUUCAGUAUAUUUAAUAUAAUGUUGGUUAAACGCUCAACUUAUUAUAUUUAACACUCGUGCACUCGUGUUGGUCAUAAGAAAACGAUCACGCGUUUAGCUAUAUAUAUUUAUAUAUUCUUAUUUAACGUUGUUUUUAAUCAUUCUACAAAUUAUAAUGCGUUUUUAGUAUACUAUUAACAACGCGAUAUAGUAGAAGAGAGAGAGAGAGAGAGAGAGAGUAUAUUUUAUAAUCUGUUGUGUUGAGAGACCAUCUUGAAAUAUAUUUGUUCAGCCAUUAAAAAGAUGGCGCGAGAAUGCACUGAGGAGGGUCUUGUGCUUUCAACAAUGGUGGUAGGAGUUGAGGAUCACGUGACACUUGCGUCGCAGGGCCGCUUGUCGCGCGACCAUCCGAGGCCAGCCAUUUUGAUUAGUAACAUGGCGUCAGCGGAGAUUAAUAUGGCGUCCUCGGACAUAAUAACCGAAGUCGAGCCAGAAAUCCAGGAGGUCGAAAUUGAAACAAUACCGGUUGAAAUACCUUGCGAGACGGUGGAAACGACUAUAGAAGGGGACGAUGGGCAGCCGAUGAUCGCAUUGCAACCAUUACCUGAGCCAGGCCGUGAAGAAAUCAUUCUACAGACGCAAGAGGAAAUCGUCGGCGCCGAUCCGCUAAGCGUGUACGAUCAAAUACCCGUACCGGAGAACGAUAUUUAUGUCGAAUCGAGUCCUGGACCAUCGAGAAAGGGUACGAAGAAGGCUAGGAAAGGUGGAGCUGCCAGAUAUCGUACAUCCGAUCACGCAAUAUUUGGUGAGAUGGGUUCGGAAACGAAAACAAGAAAGUGGGAGCAGAAGCAAGUGCAAAUCAAAACCCUGGAAGGUGAAUUUUCGGUGACGAUGUGGGCAUCUGGUACUGAUGAUGAUGAAGGCUCUAAUCCAGAACCUGAUCCAGAUUUCACUGAAUAUAUGACUGGCAAAUCAAAUACAAAGUUUAAUCAUUCUGGAAGUUCUGUUUCCGAUGGAAUGCCUGGUCUCGAUUUAUCAGAUCCUAAACAGUUAGCAGAAUUUGCCAGACCUGGUCAUAAAUUGAAAGUACGCAAGCCACCCGUUAUGGAUGGCGUAGAACGCACAAUUGCUUGUCCUCACAAAGGCUGUUCUAAAAUGUUUCGGGACAACAGUGCUAUGCGUAAACACUUACAUACGCAUGGACCUAGAGUACAUGUAUGUGCAGAAUGUGGGAAGGCAUUUGUUGAAAGUUCCAAAUUGAAGAGGCACCAGUUAGUGCACACCGGGGAGAAACCUUUUCAAUGUACAUUCGAAGGUUGUGGCAAAAGAUUUAGCCUCGAUUUUAAUUUGCGUACCCAUGUAAGAAUCCACACGGGUGACAGACCAUAUGUGUGUCCAUUUGAUGGAUGUAGCAAAAAGUUUGCACAAUCUACGAAUCUUAAAUCACACAUAUUAACCCAUGCCAAGGCUAAAUCGCGAAAUACCAUUGGAAGACAAGUACAACAAAUUCAACUUCAACAACCUCAAUUCGUCCAAGUGGAGGUUGCGGAUGUGGAUAAUCAACAAUUCAUUGUCUAUGCUGAUUAGCCCCCCCAAAUAUUGAUCUCGUAUCCCAGUGAAUCUAUUAUGGAAUAUCAUAACCACUAAUUAUUAACAUAAGCAGUGUAAAUAUUUUCAAGAUACAGCAAGCGGCAAAGGAAAAUCAGUCCGUAAAACUAUUAGUUAUGGUAAGAGAAUGAGUUGUUAAUUAAAUAAAUAAUUAAUACCUCUGUGCUUAGAUAUGGAUUAACUAAAAAAACACAGAGAGUUAUUGCGCUCUCCAAAACUCAUUGAUAAAAACAGUGUGUACUUUUUAAGACAAUGCGAGGUGAAACGAUGCACAUUGCUCUGUGCUAAGUCAGACUUUUUAAAAAAAAGAAGAAAAAAAAAAAAGAAAAAGAAAUCUAGUGCGCCGUCGUAAUGUGUAACUGUACAUAUUUAUAAUUAAAGUAAAAUAUUGUAUACAGUAUAUUUUGGAGAAAUUCAAAUGAAGAAUAAACCCACAAAAUACAUUUGUUCUGUUAGACUCUCAAUUGUACCAUUUUAGUACAACAGAUCUUGUACGCCAUUUACCGUAAUAUUGUCGCGUUGUCGACAAUAAUCUCGUGUUAGUUGUAUUAUCCUAAAUUUAAAAAAAAAAAA